AUGGAGAAGGCUACCUGCGCUGCUGUUUGGGGCUUGUGGGGCGAGAGCCUGGGCCGGUGCCAGAGCGUCUCGGAGCUUGCUUUUGUCGCUUCCCCAGCCCUGGGCUGCCUGGGUGUUACGGAUGCCAGCGUGGACCUGCUGCCGGGGCUGUUGCUGAAGAGAGGCCAGACCUCGAUGGUGAACGCGAAGAAACUGGAGAAGGCGGAAGCCAGGCUGAAAGCCAAGCAGGACAAGAGGAUGGAGCGGGAUUCCCUGAAGUCAUCUGGUCCUCUGGUCCUUGAGGAGGCGUCUGCCAGCCAAGCUGCCAGCAAGAAGGAGACUCGCAUGGAGUCAUCAGGCAAGAACAAGUCGUAUGAUGUGCGCAUCGAGAACUUCGACGUGUCCUUCGGUGAGCGUGUCCUACUGGCGGGAGCAGACCUGAACCUGGCGUUUGGACGGCGCUACGGGCUGGUGGGCCGGAACGGGCUGGGGAAGACCACGCUGCUGAAGAUGAUCGCUAGCCGGAGCCUGCGCAUCCCCUCGCACAUCAGCAUCCUCCAUGUGGAGCAGGAGGUGGCGGGGGAUGAGACGCCGGCGCUGCAGAGUGUGCUGGAGUGUGACACCACUCGUGAGAGUCUACUGCGGGAGGAGAGGGAUCUGACGGCUAAGAUUAAUGCCGGCAGGGGAGAAGGGACAGAAGGUGCCAGGCUAUCGGAGAUCUACGCGAAGCUGGAGGAGAUUGAGGCAGACAAGGCCCCAGCGAGGGCAUCCGUCAUUCUUGCUGGGCUGGGCUUUAAUGCAAAGAUGCAACAACAGACAACCAAAGAGUUUUCCGGAGGCUGGAGAAUGAGACUGGCCUUAGCCAGAGCCCUGUUUGCCAGGCCAGAUCUCCUUCUGCUGGAUGAGCCAACGAACAUGCUGGACGUGAGGGCCAUUUUGUGGCUUGAGACCUACUUGCAGACCUGGCAGUCGACCAUCCUCGUGGUGUCCCACGACAGGAACUUCCUGAAUGCGGUGGCCACGGACAUCAUCCACCUGCACUCGCAGCGGCUGGACACGUACCGCGGGGACUUUGAGAACUUCAUGAAGAUCAAGGAGGAGCGGCUGAAGAACCAGCAGAGAGAGUACGAAGCCCAGCAGCAGUACCGUGAGCACAUCCAGGUUUUCAUCGACCGCUUUCGCUACAACGCCAACAGGGCAUCCCAAGUGCAGAGCAAGCUCAAGCUGUUGGAGAAGCUGCCAGAGCUGAAACCUGUGGACAAGGAGUCUGAGGUGAUCAUGAAGUUCCCCGAUGGCUUUGAGAAGUUCUCCCCCCCAGUCCUGCAGCUAGACGAAGUAGACUUCUAUUACGACCCAAGUCACUACAUCUUUUGUUCCCUGUCCGUCUCUGCUGACCUGGAGUCCCGCAUCUGUGUGGUUGGGGAAAACGGAGCUGGCAAGUCGACCAUGCUAAAGAUCUUAAUGGGGGAGCUGGCACCAGUCAGAGGGAUCAGACAUGCUCACAGAAACCUGAAGAUCGGUUAUUUCAGCCAGCACCAUGUGGAUCAACUGGACUUGAACAUCAGUGCUGUAGAGUUGCUGGCAAGAAAGUUCCCAGGGAAGACGGAGGAGGAGUACCGGCAUCAGCUGGGGAGCUACGGUGUCUCGGGGGAGCUGGCCGUGCGUCCCGUGGCCAGCCUGUCUGGAGGUCAGAAGAGUCGCGUGGCCUUUGCCCAGAUGACUAUGUCCUGUCCAAACUUCUACAUCCUGGAUGAGCCGACAAAUCACCUGGACAUGGAGACCAUUGAGGCGCUGGCAAAGGCACUGAAUAAGUUCCGGGGUGGUGUAAUUCUGGUGUCCCACGACGAGCGCUUCAUCCGCCUGGUGUGCCAGGAGCUGUGGGUGUGCGAGAAUGCCACCGUGACCCGCAUCGAGGGCGGCUUCGACCAGUACAGAGACAUCUUGAAGGAGCAGUUCCGGAAGGAGGGUUUCCUAUAAGGGGAGAGCGCCGAGGACGCUGCUGCCCGCAUGGACCGUCAGCCAUGCCAUCAAACUGCCACCUGAACUGCUCUCCCCUCCUGGGGCCGGGCGGAAGGACAGCGAGGGAGCAGGAGCCCGGUGCUGCGCGUGGCCUGGGGCACGCCGGGGGCUCUGCCGUCGGCCGGGGCUACGCCUGGCACUGGGCACACGGGA